AUGGAUAAACUCUGUUUACGUUCAUAUAUAAAAACUCGUUGGUUAUUAGGGUUAACUGCUACACAAAUUCAUGAUGAAUUAACUACUGCUUAUGGACAAGGUGUUGUUUCAUAUCGUACAGUUGCUCAUUGGAUUCAUCGAUUUUCAAGUGGACGGGAGUCGUUAGAAGAUGAUCCUCGAAGUGGUCGUCCAAUAGCCAUCAUUACUCAACAAAAUAUUGAUGCGGUCCAGGGCCUGGUGAAUGAUGAUUCACAUAUUAGUAUUGAUUAUGUUACUACCAUCUUAGACAUAGUUAUCAUAUAA